AUGAAGAACGCUCUGAAGUUUGUGUCGGUGGCAACAAACAACCCUCUGAAGAUUCGUUUAAAGCCAAUAGCGUAUGAAAGAGACGAGCAAUCUUCAUUCAAUGUUGAUCCCCCAAGUCCGAUGGCCAUCAAGGAGUACAGACGUCGAAGCUACUUUGGAAAGGGUUACAAGUUGAGU